GAUCGUUUCCAUUCGCCGCCAGCCGCCAGUCACAUACACAGGGCGGUAAACGCGCGUGCUGCGCGCUGAUGCUGUUUGUUACGCGACUUCCUGGUGCUCUUUGUAGUAAACUUCGUAGUAAUGGGCUGCUUUGUGUAGUUUUUCUUUGGCAACUCUUCGUAAUUUCUGUGGAGUGAAUGGCUAACAGCUACAAUGGGUAAAAAGACUCGAAUGUUCCACAACAGAAUAUGAGAUUGACAGCUGACGCUCAUAAUGACAGGAGGAACUGCUUCUGUGAUAUGAACGUUUUGUACUGAAUUCAGCAUCUUCUCUAACCUUCAUUCUAUCAGCUGUUUCCAUCAUGAAGAAGAGAAGCCGUCGCUCACUAGAUCAGGAUGAUCCUCUGUGCUGUUGUGAGUACAUCGAUCGUCAUGGCGGACGCAGUCACAUGGCAGCAUGCUGCUGUGACUGUGAGGAUUUGGAUGAGGCUUGUGACAGAUGGAUGACGAAGAAGCCUCAAAGUCCAGACUCUCUGUCCCGGGUUAUAGCUACGAUUAAUGAUCGUCUGCGGGUGCCCUGGAUAUCUGGAGCUCGACAAUUUGAUAUAUCAGUGAUCCCUCCUCUUAUUCUGCUUCCUGUAUUUUUGCACAUUGCAGCUUUGCACUACCUGCUGGGUAUUUUAGUGCUAACAGCAAUGCCCAUCCUGGUCCUUUGGUACUACUAUUUCACUCACCGAAAGAAAGGACGCACGUUAUUCUUCCUCAGCCUCGCACUCUUCUCCCUCUUCUACAUGUUCUACCUCUUCAUCACCGAAGUCGUUCCUCGAGGUGAUGUGAAUCAUCUUCAGAUGGCCGCUGUGGCGGCGGGUGUUGCUCUUACGGUCAUUUCUCUCAUAAUCACUAAGAGAGGGCCGGGCUACGUCACGCCUUGUCCAAAUGACACUCAUAGUACAGUGACCUAUCACAAACCUCCUCCUGAUGUAGAUGCCGCCUAUCUAAAUGGAGCACAGCACCAGGUGGUGAUAGCCAAUCACGAACAAACUGGUGAAUCUGGGUCAGCACAGCAGGGUGUUCAGAGGAGGAACUGGUGUGCUGUAUGCAGAGUGGUGCGGCCCCCGAGAGCGGGACACUGCAGGAUCUGUGGAGUCUGCAUCCUGCGUCUGGACCACCACUGUGUCUGGAUCAACAGCUGUGUGGGGCAGGCCAAUCACCGCAGUUUCCUCCUGACACUUGUUUUCUUUCUGCUGACAUCGCUGUAUGGGAUCAGUUUGGUUCUUCGAAGUGUGUGUCCCGACCAGAAUGUAAUGACUGCACUCUUCUACUGUCCUGACGUCUACAGCCAGUUCAGCUCUGCUCUGUGUUUCACCUGUGCCUGGUACAGCAGUAUUGUGACGGGAGGUUUGCUGCACCUGCUGUUCUUACAGCUUAUCAACGUCAGCUUCAAUGUGACCGAACGAGAGGCGCGUCUGGCUCUGAGAGAGAAAACCGCUCGCAGCCUUCUCUGGGGCCUGAUCAUUGAUACCGGCGUUUACUCACGAGGCUUCCGUACUAACUGGAUUGAAUUCAUGACCAUGAGCAAGGAUUCAGAGACAUCGAACCAUAAACCAUCAGAUCUGGUAUAGAAAUACAACUGUCAGUCUCUGCUGAUGGAAAUACUAUUGAACUGGUCUUAUAAGUGAAUUAUCACUCAAAUAUAUAACAGUGUAGAAUAAUGUUGUGCUACUUAAUGUCUGCAACAUCCAUUCCAUAGUCAGUUUUAUGGCUUUAAAUAUUGUGCUCAAGGUCUCAUCAAGGGUCCAUUGAAUAGUGUGGAUCACUAGAUGGCAGUAUUGUAGUAUGUUACAUUUCUACCAGUGUAUUUCAACAUCAAGUACACCAUUAUUCAGGUAUAGUUAGUAUUUGCACAACUUAUAUUAACUGAUUAUAUUAUUAUCAUAUUAUAUUACAAAGGUUUCACUAAAUAUUAAUUACUUAUUCGAUUAAUAUAAAGAAUUAAUUUUUCCCUCCAUUGACUAUUCACUUUAAUUUAUGCUUCUAAAUAAUAAUAGUAACUUUCAUUUAUAAUAUAAACAUAUAUAUAUAUACACACACACACACACACACACACACACGUGCCAUAUGAAAUUUCUUUUUAAAAUGAGCAUUUUUCUCAAGACUCGUUCAGUUUUAAUGGCAAUGAAAAAAAAAAAAAAACUGAAAUUACUAAACCUACAUAUGAGAGCCUGAGAAAAAUGCUUCACAUGGCAUUUAUGCUUUAGCAUCUGAACUUUCAAAAUAUAAUCACACAUUACUGGUUUACAUUCACUGCUUAUUGGACCAAUUUUGGAUUGAAUGUCUAAUAUUUGUUCUCUCAACUCCAAUAUGUGUCUUAAAUGUGUAUGCACAUUCACGAUCAAGCCUUAUUUAGUGCCUUUUUGGGACAUUGGAAGGGAUUCAACACUGCAUCUUUAUCCAGACAGCACACAGCUUUAAAACUGUCAUCUCAGUAUGGAUCUUUUAUGUUGAGCUUCAUGUUUGUUAUUUGACGUCUUUGUGCCUAUGUGUGUAUUUUCUUUUCAUUUGCUUCCACUGGGGACAAAUCUGUUGUUUGUACCAUCCAGCUACAUUUUGAUGUGCAUGAAUUAUCGCUGCAUUUUUGAAUCAAAGUUGUUUUCCUUUCAUUAAAUGCCUUCUAAAGAAACAGCAACGAAGCACUUCAGAAUCGGAAGUUUAUUUGUCUCAUGUGAGACGGCUUUAUAAAUGUAAUGCAUUUCAUUCUACAAGUUGUUCAAUUAAACUGUAGCAUGGAAAAAUAAACAAGCGUAAAAUUAUUAAA